AUCGAAUCCAAGCAAAAUAAAAAAGUUAGUCUAAAUCACGUCUAGUCUAAUAAUGUUUGAAGUUAUCGAUAAAGUUGCCCUAAUUACAGGAGGUGCCUCAGGCAUAGGGCUCUGUUAUGCUAAGGAGCUCUUACGAAAUGGGCUAAAGGGAGUUACAAUAUCAGACAUUGAUGUGAAAAUGGGAGAACAAGCUGUAGAGGAACUUAAUAAGGAGUUUGGUGCGGGAAAAGCUAUUUUUGUUAAAACUGACGUGACUAAUAAGGAUAAUUUUGAGGCUGCGUUUAUUCAAACUGUAGAUGUUUUUAAAAGUGUUGACAUACUUGUUAAUAACGCUGGAAUCUAUAACGAUAGAAAUUGGGAGAAAGAAGUGGAAGUAAAUAUUAGAGGAACUAUAAACGGAAUAAUCUUGGGUUUAGAAACAUAUUUAAAAAAAUUUAAACAAGGCGAUGAAGCCGUUAUUAUCAAUACAGCUUCGGUUGCUGGUAUACGGCCAGGUGCUUGGAUGCCCAUUUACGGCAGUACUAAGUUUGCAAUAGUGGGUAUGACUCAGUGCUGGGGAGAUCCUUUUCACUUCCAAAGAACUGGUGUUAGGGUGGUUGCCGUAUGUCCCGGAGGAACUCACACGCCGUUGUUUGAUGCGGAAAACUAUUCUUUACUGCCUGAAUACAUGAACUCACAAAGUCUGGCUCCGGAGAAAAGUGGUGUAAAACAUAGACAAAGUCCGGAAUUCGUCGCAAAAGAGGCCGUUAAAAUAAUAAAGUAUGCGAGUAAUGGAACCUUAUGGGUUGUAGAAUAUAGUGAACCUGCCUAUCAAUACAUAUUUCCCGAAAGAGACACUUUUAAAAACAAUAAAAUUGUGGAAAAAUAACAUAAUUUAUUUUUCAUUGUUAACAGAGAGAUUGUAAUUAAAUAAAUAUU